UGUUUUCAUUUGAAUCUCUUUGUGUUUUAAUCUUUGGUCAAUUGUUUUUCCAAUUAAAAGGUCAAAUUAAUUAAUUGUCUGUGUUGUUAAUAAAACGAAUUGUUUGAUCAACUGUGAAUUUAUCAACUCUAAGGAUGGAAUUGUUUUCCAAUCUAAUGGAUUUCCAGUGAUUCCAAUGGACUGAUCUAGAUUGCAACCAAAAGACUAUAAACUAUAAGUUAAUUUCAUCAUUUGUUUUGUGUUUUGUGUUUUAAGUUAAUUUGUGAUAAACGAAGGACAAAGUGAUUGGUGAUUAAUUAAUUGCCAACAAUCAACCAUCAAAAUGGAAGCCACUCUUCGGGCUUUUUUAAACAUUUUCCCUGAGAAAAUGAAAAAACGGACAAUCUGGUAUCUUUUUGAUAGAUACUUGGGACACUUUUUAAGAGAGAAAUUAACUCUCGAUCAACUAUCUAUUGAUUUGAUUGAUGGAAAAGGAUGUAUCAAUGAGAUCGAUUUAGAUGUUGACUCAUUGAAUGAAGAAUUAUCAUUUUUACCUGUUAAAUUUGUCGACGGUUGUUUCAUUGAAGAGAUAUCAGUUUAUGUUCCUUGGUCAUCUCUGUUGACUGAAUCGUGUUCACUUCAAAUCAAAGGAGCAACAGUGAUCUGUCAACUUGACCAUGAACUUGACGGAAGGAACCAAAUGGAGUCCGAUUAUUUAACUCGGUCCAUCAUGAGCAGUUCGAUGCAAUUGGCUGAGGAAAUUGUGCAAACUAAUCAAGAAGAAGAUAAAUUCGAGGGACUGGAAAUAUUCGCUCAGUUGAUAGACUCAGUUCUCCGUCGAGUGGAACUGAUUGCCAUUGAUACUCGUUUUAUCCUGCGAAGUAAAAGGAAACAACCACGAAAUGCAUCGACCAUUAAGAUGAACAAAGGAAGUGACGACUAUUGUGAUUUGGAGAUUCGAGUGGCUCAUUUAAGGUGUCGAGAGAAUGUUAAAGAAGAGGAGGAAGACGAGGAGAAAGAGAAAGAAAAUGUCAACAUGGCUCCGAAAAGGAUUCGAAAGAAACUGGACAUUACCGAUAUCGAAAUCUUAUUGGAUGGAGACACGAUAUGUACACUUAAAGAUACUCAUGUGAUGGAAGUGAAUGUAAAAGACUCUGCGUGCGCCAUCCAAGUGCAUUUGGCUUCCAUUUUAACGGGAAUUUUAAAAAAGAAUCAAAUAAAUGAGCUUAUCAACAUCGCGAGUCCCAAAGAAUCUGGUCAAGAAUAUGAAAGUUUCCAUAGACAAGGAGAGAAGGCGAUGACCGCCCUGGACUAUGCUCGAAUAGAACAACAAUUACGAAUGGAUUCUGCUCGAUUCCAUUUGGGUUCGUCUCGGAACAACCUGUUGGGUGGAUUCGCAGGCGAAUCUUGUAGUGCCUGGACAAGUGGUGGGGAAACUUUCGAGUCGUGUCAGACCACAGCCUUCAUGCCAAUAGACUAUUCGAAUAGUCGUCGAAACUGUGAGACAAAAGACACAAAGAGUUUUAAUUGUGCAAUCAAAUUACCAGGAAUCGCCGUUUGUUUGGUUGGAUCAAACUACUUGGGCGAAUGUAAAGAAAUUAAUCCGAAAGUGAUGAGUUUGCAUGAAAUUAACUGUUCCCUCGAUGAAAUGAUUACUUGUUACCAUUUAAGGUUAAUCACUGUUCCAAUUCAUAUUAAUCUUGAUUCUUCUGGUUGGAAGAUAAAUUCUGGUGACAUUUGGAUCGGUGAACGGAACCAAAGAGGUUUGUGUCCACUAAUUUGGACAGAGCCCCGGACACUGGUCAGUAGUGGACCAGAAAAUGUCCAUCAACAAUUUGGACUGCCCAUCAAAUCUUCAAAUGAUCAAGAUCUUAGUUUCUCUUGUAUAAUAACAAAUGAAAAGAUUGAAAUUGGGACGAAACAUUUAACCAAUUUGAUUGUUGAUCCAACGCUUUUGGAAAGGAUCGAGAGAUAUUUGCCUUGGAUUUCCGAUGGAUCAGGAUCAUCGGAUCGAUUGUCGAUUGGAAUUGUGUGUCCAGAGAUUCGAAGUAAAUUGUUGAUUCCUGUUGCCGAUUUACGAGACGAAAGACCAAGAGAAUCAGAGUUGCGUCCAUUUUGGAUUGAACUGGAUGGAAAUGAUUUGGAAGUGAUGAUAAAUGAAACAAGUACCGAUGUGACACUUAGUAGGUUGGUUGUUUCCAUUGGUGAUAAAUUAUCGGGAAGUAAAGAGAUCGGCCGAAUGAGUAGCGAAGGGUCGGAAGCGAUUCGUUUUAGUAUCAAAAAAGGUGCCGAUACCUCGAGAUUUGUCGAGUCGCGAAAUGUCCAAGAUCUUCUCGAAGCGGCCAACAUGACCGAGUCUAUUUUUAUAUGUACAAAAGCACAAGCGACACCCGAAACUCCGUUUCAAGUGAAGACAAAGAUUGUUCGAAGUGAGAAAAAAGCAGAUGCCAAGACCUUUGUUCCCAAUAAUCUGAACAAUUCACGAGGUUAUUUCGAAACAUGUAAAUCGUUCACCCAACUGCAGGUGGAAUUGUCCGCCGACAAUGUGACCAUGUACUUUGAGAGUAAAGAGCAAAUCGAUCUGCUUUAUAAUGCACUGGGAAAUGAUCUCGCUCUUUGGACUCCAAACAGCGACAUCUCGAUCCGAUCUGGAGGACGAGAAUGUCCACCAAGCACCAAAUACUUUCCUUGUGGAACUGGAAUGAGCGACUCAAUCGAAUCCGAGUCUUCAUUCCACUCGAUCGGUGGCUCUUCGUCCAAUCAACACCUUCACAAUUUAGUCACUUGUUUACUUCGCUGUGAUACUCUUAGAGUGACCAUUGGUGACCAUUUGAUAAACAGUUGUAAUGUUUUCAUCGGGUUGACCUUUGGUCUAGAAGAUGACACUUGCAAUGUGAUCUCGAUCCAUGGACUGGGUGUUUGUUGGUCCUACAAUGGGGAGAAAGUGAUUGACAGCAAUCACCUUUGUCAGAAAGCGAGUUCACUGGACUUGACAUUCGAGAUCGACAAGAAAAAUGUGCCAGUGUCCAAGUCAAUAACCGUUGCCAUCAAAUUGUCGGAAGCGAUUUUGUUCAAAACUUGGCCAGAGAUUUUCGUCGAUUUCUGGAACUUGGUGAAUGUCACCAAUGAGGAGGUUCUCGGUUACACUCCACCCAAGAUUCAGACUGAACUUCACACAAGUAUAGUGAACGGAGCGAUCGCCUAUGGAAGUGACAAUGUCCCUGCUCCACCUCGACCAGUUUUAAUCACUUUCGACGGGAUCACAGUGACGGCGAUGGUGGUUGAAGAUACAAGUGACACUUUGCUGAGAUUCAUCAUUGAAGCUGCUUUUACUUUAAGAAAUAGUUUAUCAUCUCAGUGCCUAAGUAAUUACGUUUGCAUAAUCGACUCUGGAUUGAUCGACAUGAGCCUUAAAUUGUGUGAGGCGAAUAGGAUUGUGUUCAAAGCGAUGAACAACAUGAUAAAUGUGAGAAGUUGUUCCGAUUCAUUGGCAGCACUUUGUCAAUUGAUCAACAAUUUAAUUAAUCAAACAAAUGAGACGAAAGGUGAAGAUGAUCCUCCAAGUUACUCGAAAGCCAUUGGAAUGAGAAAAGGAUCGAAUUGCGAAUUGAUGAAAGUCAUUUCGAAAGAAGCUAAAGAUUGUCUCUGAAUUGUCCAGGAAAGAAGGAGAAAAGACAGAAAAGGAGAGAGAAAUAAAAGAAAGAAGGAAAUAAGAAGAAAAGGACGAACAAAAGAAGAAAAGGAAAAGGAAAAGGACAAAGAAAAAGAAAAAGAAAUCGACAGAGAAAAAGUCGAAAAAGGUUGGAGCAAACAAAAAGAACGAAUCAUGGCAACGAUCGAAAAUCCUGGACCAAGUACAAGUUCGGCAACUGGACUGAAAAAAGGAGAAAUGACAGAUUCUGGUUUCUGGUUAUUAGGUGACGACGAUAUCGGCGCUGGAAUCAAAGCGACCGAUGAUCCGAUCGUUAGAAUCUUGAAUCAUGAACCGAUCACAAUCAUGGAAGGAUUUUUCACCCCAGGCAAACAAAAAGAACCCUCAGAACUUUUGAAAUCUUUGGUCGCUCGAUAUUUCCUCGAGGAAAUGACCUUGUGUAUCAGUGUGUUUGGUGGUCGAGACUUUGAAGAUGACCAAGGAGGAAACGACGGAGGAGAAGAUGAAAAUCAGGUGGACGAGAAAGAGAAGGAAAAGGAAAAGGAAAAGAAGAAAAAGAGAGUAAAUGUCGAUUAUGAUGCUCGAAAUCGAAGUGAGAACAAAGUGAGAUUCGUCAAUGAUCCUGAGAACGAAGAUCCAAUCCAAGUUUGGGAGAGUAUAAAUUUAGAAAAGGGAUCGGAUUUGAUGGAAGCGACUUCAUCUCGACCUGUGGUGGGUUUUUCUCAUUGUAGAAAAACAAACGGCGGUCGAUUGAGGAAAGACGAUGUUUGUGUCCAGUUGCAAUUGACCAAAGUUCGACUUCUUUUCGACAAAUUCAACGAUUCAUGUAAUGUUUCAUGGAGAUGGUCAUUGAAUGUGAAGAAGGUCGAGAUCCGUGACUGUUUGUCGGUGUCCAAUAUAAACAAGAUGCUCUAUGAGUACAUUUCGGAAGAUAUUCCUCGUCGAAAUGAGUCGAGCAUGAUCUCCAUUAGAGCUAAAACAUUCCGUAAUCCAGUAGAUUCUCACGAAGAAUGUGAUCUGAGAGUCACAUUGAAACCACUUCGAGUGAACAUUGACCAAGAUACAAUAAUGUUCCUAUUUGAGUACUUCUCAUCUCUCAAAAGUCUGUUGGAUUCUCAAACUGUCCCGAUCACUCCGACGUCUUCUGGUUCCAAUACUCCGUCGCCUGUUUUUCCAAUAAGCGAAAGAGACUUUAAUGUCGACACUAAUGUUCAAACGAACGACAAUGAAAUGAACGGACUAAACUCUGAAGAUCCACUUGACUCGAAACCUUCAUCUCUAUUUGUAAAGUCCUUCGAAUUCACAUCAACUGUUUUAAUUCGUCUCGAUUAUCAUGGGAAAAGAAUUGACUUUGAUCAAGGAACAAUUCAAGGUCUUCUCAUGGGUCUUGGACAUUUGAAUCAUUCUGAACUUCACCUGAAAAAACUUCACCAAAAACGUGGAAUCCUUGGUGUUGAUCGAGUUGUUCAAUUCGCUUUGACCGAAUGGUUCGAGGACAUUAAAAGGAAUCAAAUUCCACGAAUAAUUGGAUCAAUUGGACCAUUGAACAGCGUUAGACAAUUAUUCCAAGGAGUAAUUGAUCUGUUUUGGAUUCUUGAUCAAUAUCGACGUGAUAGACGCAUUUUCCGUGGUAUUCAACGAGGUGCAACUUCGUUCUCAUCAUCAACAGCAACUGCGAUGCUCGAUCUUGCCAACAGACUUGUUCAUGUGAUCCAAGGAACUGCUCAAUUCGCUCACGAUGUUGUACUGACUCACAAUCGAUCUCCACAACACAACAUUCGAGGAUCAGUGCCAACAUCUCAACCUCGAGAUCUUCGGGAAGGGGUCGCUUCCGCUUACACCGUGAUGAGGGAAGGACUCAAUGAGACUUAUCGUAAUGUCGCAAAUGUUGGUGCUCAAUCCGAUGGGGUGACCGAAACCGUUGGCGUUUUCAUCGGCACUUUACCUUCAAACAUUUUGCAUCCGAUAAUCAAAGCAACUGAGGCAACAUCGAAUGUAAUUGUUGGAAUGAGAAAUCAAUUAACUCCCGAAGCGAGACAAGAUGAUCAAUACAAAUGGAAGACACGAAUCAACAAUCAACAAUUAUAAUCAUGAUAAUUUCUCAACUAGUUUAAUGGUAAAGAUGAAAUAAUAUUUCACAUUCUCAACAAUUAACUCACCCAAUCAAUGAAAACUCAUCAUCGCCAAAAAAAAGGAACAAAAAAUUGGAAAAAAUUUGACUAAAAAUCAAAGUUGUAAAAAAAUAAAUCGACAAUUAAUUGUCACUUUAUAUUGACUAAAAUAAUCGUAAAUGAAAUCAAAAGUUUUUGAUAUUUUAAUAACUAACAAUAAACAUCGUAAAUAAUUUUCAUUCAUCAAAA